UCCUCUCUCUGAUCCACAAUCCACCAGCUCCUCUCUGUGCUUGCAGGCUCCAGUCAAGAUGAACCCAAAGAUGAACUUGAGCGCCCUGCUGAUCGUGUUGCUGUUCUCUCUGGGCCUGGUCUCUCCUGCUCCUCUGGCAAUUAGCACAGGCAACACCUGCUGUCCAAGUACACAGAAGGCAAAGAUCCCGCUGAAACAGAUAGUCUCCUACUACAAAACCAGCAGCAGCUGCGCCCUGCCAGCUCUUGUGUUUGUGACUAAACUCGGAAAACACUGGUGUGUGAAUCCCGCUGAUGCCUGGGUGAAGAGCCAUGCAGCUGCUGUGGACCGCAGGUUGGCCAGCACUCCAGUGAUGAGCACCAGAGCCUAAGGCCUACUGCCCUAGCAGGCUGUCAAUCAUCUACAUUUCACAUUUUAGUCAUUUGGCAGAUGCUUUCAAUCCGAAGUGAUUUACAAGUGGAUAGGUUCUUCCACAGGUUAAAAGCAUCAAAUCCAUAACCAGGAAAAUACACAUGAAGGGCUGUUUUGUUUUGUUUUCUUAAUGUAUUUAUGUAUGUAUUUAUUUAUUUAUUAAGGGUUAGGGUUAGACAAGAGGGAUAUCGGAAGGAGGGGAGUGAGGAAUCAGGCAGGAGGACUAAGGUAUAGUCCUCCCAGCACACACACUUCCUGCCAGCUGUGGGAAACCCAAAGGCCAAAGAGAGGAUGUGUCUAGUUGCAUCAGAUAUUCCUGGAUUUCAUUCAUGGAAUAUUUUCCUGAUCAUGAUGAAUUGAUUGUAUACAUUGAUUUACUUUCUCAAGUUUCCUGUUAACUUAUUAAAGGAUUUUGUACAUUUCAA